AUGUAAGGUAUAUAUAAUUGCGCAUGUAACGCCUCUGUCUCAGUUCCAUUCGGACUUCGGACACGUGAACUGAACGCCACAUACUAGUUCACCAAAGGAAGUUUAUUUUUUGCUUUGUCCGCUCAUUGUAUGGAGCGAGAGAAGAGUAUAAAACACGGAGAGAGCCCUGUGGAGCCGAUAAGCAGCUGCAGGGAUGAGAAUGGCUAUUUGCCAACAGUUGGUCGGUGGGGUUGCGAAUGGCCAAGUUGACUCGAAUCGACAGAAAUAUGGUGUCAGCCACAAGGACAAGCUCGAGGUCCACGGCUCAGGGGUGUCCCGUUGCCUCUGCCAGUCUGGGCCCACUAUGCAUCAGCUCCCCUGACCGUCGAUACUGUCGAACAAUAUGAGGAACUAGCAGGCAGUGUUGAGCUGGAAACCCAGCGACUGAUAAACGAUCACCGAUAUGAUACUAUCGGUAACUUCCUGAGGUUCUACAAGGACUUUAAGGAAAGUAAUGAAUCAAUGGUAGAUCGUUUCUACCAAAAGUAUCAACCACUGAUCACCCAUAAACACCAUACAUGUGUAGGUCUUGGUUUUGAAUUGUUGAGUCGCUUGAGUAAAUUGGACGACAGAUUUCCUGGUAUUGCUAAUGGCCUUUAUUUGGUAUCUUGUGAAGAGACUAUUGGAGACAUCGAAGGGUACGUUGGUGGACCACCAGCUGCAGACAGUGGAGAGAAAGAACACGUGCUCGUUUGCCUAAAAAUAGAAAUAAAUAACCGUCGAGGAGUUUUGCUCCUGGACCCGGGUUACCACGUCGCCCGGGUGAUAACUGUAAUGGGGGAUAAAAUGUACCCGCAUACCGGUUGGUUCACCCAGUUCGAUGACAAGGAGUGUAAAAAAGAGUACAAUUAUUCUCUGUGCGUCCAAGACCCGGACUACGUCGAAUGGCACGACAGAGAAACACGCCCUGGUGCCUUGGAGAAUACACAAGUUGCUCUUAUUUACGUCGCUCGGCCAUAUUUGACUGCCAUUGACGUCACUGAGCGUCGUAACUUGGUCUACAAUUUCCGUAGUUUAGUUGCUAGGGAUACUAAGGGACAUCUGACUGCUGGAAUAUAUUUUCCAUUGAAACUUGAUGACGUCCAGAAUUUUACUAUUUUUUACCAAACUAACAACGGCAAAAAACGGGUUAAAAUGCCCUUUGAUAAAUUUUAUACUCCAUCUAAGAUAGCACCAAAUUACGAAGAUUUGGAAGCGAUAUCAAAAUGCGCAUCUAAAUUGGGAAUGUCUCGUCACGAAUUAGAGAGCCUACUGUCAACUCUUGCGGUGGUCGUCCGCGACACAGGAUUUAUCGCUCAAGUACUUGCGAUCAACACCAGAAUAAACAGCCUCGCUGAAGACAAUUAACAAAAGCCAUCCAUACUCAUGGUGUCGAAAAUUUAAAACUUUUAUCAUUAAUUAUAUUAUUGCUUGCUUUCCUCAUACAAUUUUUUUUAUUAUUUUUAUUCAAUUAAUACACAUUAAUAUUAAUCAUUAAUUAUGUACUUAUUGUUUGAUUUUAUCGACGGAUAUUUUAAAAUUUUACUUGUGGUGACGGUAAAUAAAUAUUUUUUUUUUUUUUUUAAUAAUUAUGAUAAUUAUCUAAAUUGUACUUGGUUUAUAAGUUUGCUUUCAAUAAAUGCCUGAAAAAUA